AUGACUGCAAUCAAGCAUGCUUUACAGAGGGAUAUUUUCACUCCUAAUGAUGAACGCUUGUUGAGCAUUGUGAACGUGUGCAAAGCAGGCAAAAAGAAGAGAAACUGCUUUUUGUGUGCCACAGUGACAACGGAACGACCAGUGCAAGUAAAUGUGGUAAAAGUGAAAAAAUCUGACAAGGGAGAUUUCUACAAAAGGCAGACUGCAUGGGCACUUCGAGAUCUUGCUGUUGUUGAUGCCAAAGAUGCUGUUAAAGAGAAUCCUGAAUUUGACUUGCAUUUUGACAAAGUGUACAAAUGGGUUGCAAGCAGCACAGUGGAAAAGAACACCUUCAUUUCAUGUAUCUGGAAACUCAAUCAGAGAUAUCUUAGAAAGAAAAUUGACUUUAUUAAUGUCAGUUCACAGCUUUUGGAAGAAUCUGUUCCAAGUGGAGAAAAUCAAAGUGUAGCAGGAGGUGAUGAAGAAGCUGUGGAUGAAUAUCAGGAGUUAAAUGCAAGAGAGGAACAGGAUAUUGAAAUAAUGAUGGAAGGAUGUGAAUAUGCCAUUUCUAAUGCAGAAGCCUUUGCAGAGAAGUUGUCGAGAGAGCUACAAGUGCUAGAUGGGGCAAAUAUCCAGUCAAUCAUGGCCUCAGAGAAACAGGUGAAUAUCUUGAUGAAGUUGCUGGAUGAAGCUCUAAAGGAGGUUGACCAAAUUGAGCUAAAGCUCAGCAGUUAUGAAGAAAUGCUUCAGAGUGUAAAAGAGCAAAUGGAUCAAAUUUCAGAAAGCAACCACCUAAUCCAUCUCAGCAACACAAAUAACGUGAAACUACUGUCAGAGAUAGAGUUCUUAGUGAAUCACAUGGAUUUGGCUAAAGGUCAUAUAAAAGCCCUUCAGGAGGGAGAUCUGACAUCUUCUCGGGGCAUUGAGGCAUGCACUAAUGCAGCAGAUGCCCUUCUGCAGUGUAUGAAUGUAGCUCUUCGUCCAGGACACGAUAUGCUUCAUGCAGUGAAACAGCAACAGCAGCGGUUUAGUGACUUGCGUGAGCAGUUUGCACGGAGACUUGCCAGUCAUUUGAACAGCGUAUUUGUUCAAAAGGGUCACGAUCAGAGUUCUACUCUUGCCCAGCAUUCUGUUGAAUUGACAUUACCCAAUCACCAUCCAUUUCACAGAGAUUUACUUCGAUAUGCUAAACUGAUGGAGUGGCUCAAGAACACAGAUUAUGGAAAAUACGAAGGGCUAACGAAGAAUUAUAUGGAUUAUUUAUCACGACUAUAUGAAAGGGAAAUAAAAGAUUUCUUUGAAGUUGCCAAGAUCAAGAUGACAGGCACAACCAGAGAAGGAAAAAAGUUUGCUACACUGCCUCGAAAAGAAAGUGCUGUCAAACAGGAAACUGAGAGUCUUCAUGGAAGUUCUGGAAAAUUGACUGGGUCUACUUCUAGCCUAAAUAAACUCUCUGUUCAGAGUUCGGGAAACCGUAGGUCUCAGUCAUCCUCACUGUUGGAUAUGGGAAACAUGUCUGCCUCUGACCUUGAUGUGGCUGAUAGAACAAAAUUUGAUAAGAUUUUUGAGCAAGUAUUAAGUGAACUAGAGCCUCUGUGUCUGGCAGAACAGGACUUCAUUAGUAAAUUUUUCAAGCUACAGCAACAUCAGAGCAUCUCGGGAACAGCAACGAGUGAAGCAGAGGAAAUGGAUGGAGGAGUUUUAUCUCGUUCAUACACUUCUGGUGUUCCACAAACAGUAUCGUCUGAGAAGGACAUGAUCCGACAAAUGAUGACAAAAAUAUUUCGUUGUAUUGAACCUGAGCUGAAUAAUCUUAUAGCGCUGGGGGACAAGAUUGAUAGCUUUAACUCCCUUUAUAUGUUAGUUAAGAUGAGCCAUCAUGUAUGGACAGCACAAAACGUGGACCCAGCUUCCUUUCUCAGCACAACACUCGGAAACGUUUUGGUGACAGUCAAAAGGAACUUUGAUAAAUGCAUUAGUAAUCAAAUGAAGCAGAUGGAUGAAGUAAAAAUCUCAAAGAAGAGUAAAGUUGGGAUCCUUCCAUUUGUUGCUGAGUUUGAAGAGUUUGCAGCCCUUGCUGAAUCAAUUUUCAAAAAUGCAGAACGACGAGGAGAUCUAGACAAAGCCUACAUAAAGCUUAUUAGAGCUGUUUUUGUCAGUGUUGAGAAAGUAGCUAAUGAGAGCCAGAAAACACCCAGAGAUGUGGUCAUGAUGGAGAACUUCCAUCAUAUUUUUGCAACGCUUUCUCGCUUGAAAAUUUCUUGUCUUGAGGCUGAGAAAAAAGAAGCCAAACAGAAAUACACUGAUCAUCUUCAGUCUUAUGUAAUCUACUCGCUCGGACAGCCUCUUGAGAAAUUAAAUCAUUUUUUUGAAGGUGUUGAAGCUCGUGUGGCACAAGGUAUACGAGAAGAGGAAGUAAGCUAUCAACUGGCUUUUAAUAAACAAGAGCUUCGUAAAGUUAUAAAGGAAUAUCCUGGUAAGGAAGUGAAGAAGGGAUUGGAUAAUCUGUACAAGAAAGUAGAUAAACAUCUCUGUGAAGAAGAAAACUUACUUCAGGUUGUGUGGCAUUCCAUGCAGGAUGAAUUUAUACGACAAUACAAGCACUUUGAAGGGCUGAUAGCUCGCUGCUAUCCUGGAUCAGGAAUUACUAUGGAAUUCACUAUACAGGAUAUCUUAGACUACUGCUCUAGUAUUGCACAGUCUCAUUAGAAAGGGAGAGAAGCUUGCAAAGUUUGUGCCUGUGUAUAAGGGAAUUAAACACUAUGAAUGCUACUUGUUUUUAAAAGGUGGAUUUCCACUUGUGUGUGUAGCUAACUGCCAUGUAUGUCAAGUUAUACUCCUGCUUCCAGUGUCUUUCAGGGCAGAAUGAAACCUUUGGGGAUUU